UCACGCUUACCCCUACUAAUUUCUGAACUCUUUUUCUCUAUCAAAAGCACAGAUACACAAAAGCUUUCUACCUAUAAUUUCUCUCAUUUAGUUCCAUCACAGUCCAUAUCCACAUUCUUUAGUUUCUUGUGUUCUAUCUUUUACCUGUCAUAUGAUCCUUUAUGCUUAUUUGGGUCAAAUCUGAUCAUUGGUUUUCUGGUUUUCUUGGCGUGGAAAUAAAAUGGGGAAGAAGGGAAGCGGUUGGUUUUCCUCUGUAAAGAAAGUCUUCUACAAACAACCUAUGAACGAUUCUCCCAACAACAAGGAGGACAGAAACAACUCAGGAGAUGACAAAUGGGACCAAGAAGCCCCGGAGGUGGUCUCACUCGAACAUUAUUUCCCUUCACCUGAUCUGACCAGCAGGGAAACCAACGGCAACGAUUCGCCGGUCGACGAUCCUAACCGUGCCAUAUCCGUCGCACUCUCCACUGCAGCCGCUGCCGCGGCAGCCGCUAAGGCAGCUGCAGAGGUUUUCAGGUUGGCAGGAUGUAGCCGCUGGUCUAAGCCGGACAGAGCUGCCACUCUCAUUCAAUCUCAUUACAGAGGAUAUCUUGCAAGACGAGCCCUUCGGGCAUUGCGGGCAUUGGUGAGGCUGCAAGCAUUGGUAAGGGGGAACUAUGUGCGCAAGCAGACGCUGAUGACGAUGCGGUGCAUGCAAUCUUUGGUGCGCGUGCAGGGAAGAGUCAAAGCCGGGAGGGUGCUGCAAUCCGCCGCAGUCAAACAGAAGCUGCCCUCCAUCAGCCAUCACUCCGGUGGUGUCAACAUUGACUUUGAAGCUGAAAGGUCAUUGCAGAAUCUCGAAGAAAGGAUGAGGAAGCUCGGAAAGACAUCGCAGAAGGAGCAAGUGGAGAAGGAUGAUGAUGAGGGGGUGGGGAAUGCGGUUCUGGAAGCUUAUGGAGGAAUGCAUGAUGAUUCCGAGAUGAAAAGAGAGAGAGAUCUUGCUUAUGCGGCUUAUGCCUACCAGGACAAAGAGCAAAUAUUCUGGGAUUCUAGUGCAAGUGACCACCAUCAUGAAGUGUUGUUUGGGAAAGAAGAGCCACAAUGGCGAAGGAGUUGGAUGGCUUCACAAGCAACCGAGUCUUCGCGGCCACAAGAUGCCUCUUGCCUGACCAUUUCUAGUUCGGAUGGUAUAUCCGAAAAGACCGUUGAAAUUGAUUUCCCCACGCGAUUAGUCCGACCCGAGCAUGUCCAAUCAACAACCAGAUAUAACUUUAUUAACGCGGGCGGAGCUAGUAGCCCGAAUGCAGCAACCUAUGGACGCCGACAAACUUGGCCGGGCUUGGAUGCAAAUGUUCCAAGCUUCAUGGCCCCAACUCAAUCUGCCAAGGCUAAGGCGCGGACCCAACAAGACUCGAAUAAGAUCCAUACCCAAAGAUCAGCCCAAUGGAACUCAUCAACCAAAAGUAGACCAACUCGCCAGAUGGGCUCAAGAAGCCCAAACCUGAAAGCUUAUGCGAGGCAAGCGAAGUGGAUGCCCACUUACGAUUACAGCAGCCCCGAAUCCAGCGGAGAUGACAGGGUGUCACCAUUGAUGAGAAACUACGGAUGGAGAUAUAAUUUUGGUUGAUUAUUUGUGUUUAAUCUUGUCAUUCUUGUGUUGCCUUACUAGCUCUGUCUAUUGACUCUAUUCAAUCAUAUCAAUUAGGAAUUCUCUAUUUUAGGGAUGGAUCGGGAAUUCGGGACCGGAUCGGGCCGGGCUCCGGGCCGGAUUGAGCGGGCUCUAGACUACAAAUUUCAGGUCCGGUACUUGCUCGGGUUUGUAUCGGGACUGAGCGGGCCGGGCCUUAACAGUACCGGGCCGGGACCGGGUCGGGAUGGGCCUGGACAAUAAAUUAAAAAAAUAGUGGAAUCGGGUCUGGGACCGGCCCGAGCCCGGACAGGUCGGGCCUAAAAAACGAGCCCAAAGCCCGCCCUUAUAGCCACCGGGCCGGGACCGGUAUGUGUUCCGAGCCUAAACAAGACUGGGCUGGGCCUAAACAGUAUCGGGCCUGGGCCUGACCUGGGCCAGGCUGACCUGUCCGGCUGUCCCAGACCAUCCCUACUCUAUUUUACUUUCAACAAAACUUCGAAUAAUUUAGUACGUU